CGACCAGAGCCAACAGAGCCAACGGAGCCAAACGUACCUACAGAGCCACAAGGCUUACUCGGUGGAUAAUGGGACACAUGAGUACUCCCAUACACACACUCACACAAAGGUGCUUUGAGGUGCUCUGCUGUCAGAGGCGUAGGCGCUAUGGCAAAUACCAAUCACAGGCACAUUCUCAGCGCCGCUCGUGUUGGCGGGAGGGAAUUGCUAAUCAGGACAUAGAGUGGUCCGAGUCAUAGCUGGAAAUCGGGGCCAUAUGAUAAAUGACAGUGCAGGCAAGGGGCGGCACUAGGCCUCACAAAAUUAGCAUAAUUUCUCUUUUUUAAUUGCCUGCCCCCUCCGAACAAAGUGUGCACUGAAAAAAAAUUUAAGUUGAAUAUUCAUAGGAACAUCCAAAUGUACAUCCAAAUUCGCUUUGUUCGAACUGCAGAUUCCAGUUUGUAUUGUGGAUAAAUAGCUGCCACAUUUCGAAGUUCAAUCAACAAUUCCUCUCACGUGUGAAAAUUAAAUCCUUCCACUUGAGGAAACUUUGAAGAUGUGGCUCAGAAAGUGGCUUUGUUUAGUGCUGCCGCUGCUGGUGCUGUUUGGGUGCUGCAUAGGCGUCCAACAACUGAUUGUGAGCAAUCCCUACAUGUCCUUCAUUACACACCUGAUCAGAUUUGAGAGCCAAGACAAUAUCAUUGUGUCGCCUGCCUCGUUCCACGACGGCCUAAUACACUUAUUAAUGGGCACAAGGGGUUCAAGUGCCGCCGAGAUGAUGGGAACGCUGCAGCUUAACGAACAGAAACUGAACGAGUAUCUGAAGAAGAACAUCUCCAGCAAAUAUAUCUAUAAUUCGACUCUAAAAAUGUUCAAUCAGUUGUACGUGGACCGCCGAAUGUGGCUGCUGGAUCGGUACAAGCAGGAUAUAAACAGGUAUUUCAAUACAAAAGUCGAGCAUAUGAGCUUCGGGAGCAUAGAUAACACCGUGGACACCAUCAACGGAUGGAUAGACAAGAAAACGGGGGAGAAAGUCAAAGAUAUGCUGGGCUGGGUUGAUCCCGAAUCACAAAUGGUGAUGGUCACUGCCCUAGACUUCUAUGGCGAGUGGGAGAAGCCCUUCGACCCGAACCAGACCACAAAGGAGGUCUUCGAAACUCAGCAACGAAACGGAGGAGACGACGCUCCCCCAUCCUUGGUGGACAUGAUGCACAUUAAGGAUAAGUUUUCCCAUGGAUACAUAGAAAAGCUCUGUGCCUAUGUGAUAUUCUUGCCCUACAAAAAGUCGAACCUUUCAAUGGUCGUACUGCUGCCGAGAGAUUCCAACGGCCUCUACUACAUUACCAGAAAUAUCCAUGAGAUAGACCUGCAAGAACUUGUGCCCACUGAACCACCAGCGGAAAUUGAACUCAGUUUUCCCAGAUUCAAAAUUGAAUACAGAUCGGAUGUGUCGAAUAUCAUCAAGUCCAUGGGUAUUCGCAAGAUAUUUUCGAAAAGCGCCAACUUCAGUGGCCUCACCCGACAGGAGGGUCUGCGCCUCAAUCAGUUUAUUCACAAAAUGCAUAUCCUGGUGGACGAAGGGGGCCACAAUGCGUCUGCCGCCUCGGCCUCUGUUCAGUUGAAAAAGAAAUUGGUCAAGAGAAGCGUCGCAGCUCAAAGUUUCACAGUCAAUCAUCCGUUUUUCUUUCUAAUCAAAGAUAAGAAGAGAAUAUAUGUGGCAGGAAUUGUUAAUAGAAUACCAUAAAUAUACCUUGAACACAAA